AUGAUGCCCAGCGGCGGACCCUCGUCCACAACGGUCUCCUCCCGGACGACGACGGCGCCUUCAACCACAGCGACAACAGGCACAACGACUGUAACGUCCUCCUCCUCUUCGUCGACCGCCUCGUCCGCUGCGUCGCUGCUGACGUCCUCCACAUCCACGUCCGGCUCCUCCUCUUCGUCCUCCUCGUCCGAUGGCACGGAGCUGUUGACCACGUGCCUGUCCACCAUCGUCGCGUACGACUACGACUACGCGCUCUGCGUCAUGAACUCAGGCUUCUUCGAGGUGGACUCCUCGCCCUUCGGGGCCGCCACGUCCACGGCCACGGCCAUCGCCGCCGCGCUCGCCAGCGCCAGCGCCAGCGGCUCCACGACCGUGGACGAGUCCGGCUCGUGCAGCCUCAUGUGCAGCAAGCCGGCCAUGGCGGCGUCCAGCUCGUGCUGCUCGGCGGCCAGCACGGUGCUCAGCUGCCCGCAGUCGUCGUCCAGCAUCGCGUACUGCAAGUCGGUGAUCGAGGCCACGGUGGCCGACAGCCAGCAGUGCGGCCUCUCGGCGCAGAACACGGCGCUCAUCGUGUGCGUCGCCGUCAUCUUCGCCUUCUUCGCGGCCGUGAUGGUCGCAACCAGGAUACACGCCAGGAGACAGGGGGCUGCGGCUCUAGCAGAGGGCGACGCGGUCGAGUCCAGGUUCGCUGCGGCCGGCAGAGCCACGUGGACAGCGGCGCUCGCGGCCUGGAGACAGGUGACCAACCUCAUCUGGAAGAACCUCGUCAUCAGGCGGCGCAAGCCCGUGUCCUUCGUGUUCGAGCUGCUGCUGCCGCCCGUGCUGACGCUCGCGCUCGUGUUCAUCGCCAACCUGGACACGAUCUUCGGGACGGGGGACAACUACAGCAGCUCGUACGAGGCGGCCACGCUGUUGGGCACCAUCUUGUGCACGGGGCUGGACUCGCUGGCGUACACGGACUACGGGGCGCUGAGCACCAACAUGUCGACCUUCUACAGCAGCGGCCAGAGCGUGAUCGGGCUCUUCCUGCUCAUCAGCUACAUCAAGUUCGUGUCCACGACCACGACGACCAUGGUGAUCGAGAAGGAGACGAGAAUCCGCGAGGUCAUGAAGAUCAUGGGGCUGUCCAACUUCACGCUGCUGAGCUCGUGGUGCCUGACCACGGCCAUCUUGGCUACACCACUGGCGUUUGUGAUCGCCGCAGAGCUCAAGUAUGGCCAGGUCUUCCCCAUGACGGAGUACGCGACGCUGGUGUUCCUGUUCUGGGCGCUGAGCCUGUCGAUCGUGAGCUUCAGCUACUUCAUCACGCCCUUCUUCAACAAGUCGCGCGCGGCGUCCAUCGCCUCUGUGCUGCUGUGGUUGGUACUGUUCUUCCCAUUCUUCUCUGUCAUGUCCAAGUCUAACUCGUCCAAGUAUCUAGGAGCGCUCGCUCCUCCGACGGCGUUUGCACUGGGUAUCGACGACUUGGUGCGACGCGCGCAGCUCGGAAGAGGCUUGGCGUAUGCCAUGGGCCUCAUUGAGUCGCCUAUUACGGUCCCCUCGGCGUUUGCGAUGAGCUGGUUCUUGAUCCUCGACUCGUUCAUUCUGGUCGCUCUCGGCUGGUAUUUUGACAACGUUUUACCGCAAGAAUUUGGCGUGCGGAAGCCGUGGAAUUUCCUGUUCGUGAAGGAGUAUUGGAUGCCUUCAAGCGCGGCCAAUAGCGACAAGGAAGUGAUGGUGCUGGAGUCUCCUAGUACGGCCUCAUCGCCUCAGACCAACUAUUCGUUUGGGUCACCACGCGGCAUGCGGCUCCUGCACCAGGCCUCUUCGGAUGGAUCGGUCGUCAUGAUGAAGGACCGGCCUGGACUCGUGGCGUCCGUGGAGCCUGUUAAUGCUACGCUUGCAGCUCAGGAACAAAAGGGAACGUGCCUCCAGAUCCGCGGUCUUCGCAAGGAGUUCCCGUCAGACGACGCGAAGAAGGUCGUGGUUCAAGGCUUGAACCUUACGCUUUACGCUGGACAGAUCUCCGCGCUGUUGGGCCACAAUGGUGCAGGAAAGACGACCACAAUUUCAAUGCUGACGGGGCUGAUCCCGCCCACGUCGGGUGAUGCGGCGCUCUACGGCCGCUCUGUCCGAGAAGACUUCAACGAGCUUCGCCAGAUCAUGGGCAUUUGCCCCCAGCACGACGUUCUCUUCAACGAGUUGACCGUGGAAGAGCAUUUGCUGAUGUUUGGAACGAUGAAGCACAUUCCGGAUUGCACUCUGAAGGAAGAAGUGGAGCGAAUGAUUAAGGAAGUGGGCCUGGUGGAGAAGAGGAAGGUCGCCGCUAGGAACCUCUCUGGCGGUCAGAAGCGGAAGCUUAGCGUUGCGUUGGCGUUCAUGGGAGACAGCAAGCUGGUCUUCCUGGACGAACCCACGUCCGGAAUGGACCCUUACUCUCGUCGUUUCACGUGGAACUUGCUGCAGCGGAACCGCGACGACCGUGUCAUCGUUCUGACGACGCACUUUAUGGACGAGGCCGACAUUCUGGGUGACCGGAUCGCCAUCAUGGCAGAUGGCCAGCUCUGUUGUGCUGGAAGCUCGCUCUUCUUGAAAAACCGCUAUGGCGCCGGGUACAGCUUGACCAUGAUAAAGGCGCCUGAAUGUGAUGUCGAAGCUGUCGGUGCGUUCUUGCGCAACUUCGUUCCUGAAGCGAAGUGCUUGAGCAACUUUGGUUCGGAGGUCGUGUUCCAGCUCCCAUCCAAGUCGUCGGGAGUAUUCUCGACGAUGCUUCAGGUGCUUGAUGAUGAAAUGCGUCGCUUGCGCGUCGUCCAGUAUGGUGUGUCCGUGACGACAUUGGAGGAAGUAUUCUUGCGCAUUUCACAUGACCGCGAAGAAGAGGCUGAAAUGGGAGUCGCUGCCUGUGGAGUGGAGGCGGUGGACCAAAUCCGUAAGACGUCGGCUACUUCGGCGAAUUCCCGGGGCACCUUCACGGGCGCUAUCGCAGCUGAAGCGACAAACCGUGCAACGUUAUGGAGCCAGUACACCGCGCUUCUGACAAAGCGUGUGAGGAUCGCAAAGAGAGACAAGAAGAACCUCCUGAACGCUGUCUGUAUCCCGCUGCUCUUCUUGAUUAUCCUGGUUUCGCUCCCUGAGAUCGACGUGGCCAGUUUCAUGACGACGAAUGACUACGCUACGGAACUGGCUUCGUCGUCCCGACAGGGCAGGUGCUCAAGUGCCAACUUCUCGCUGGUCUCCGUUCCGAGUGCGUGCGACAGCUACACUUUCAACUACUGCGACCUCGGCGUGAUCGAUUGCAGCGCCUCGACUUGUUGUGACAAGACUAACGUUGAAUCUCCUUACUACGCGUGCAACAUGUGCGACGGCACCUCAUCGUCCAACCCAGUGACUCCGUGCUACAACAAGUACUGCCUUGACCAGGAUGGCGCGAAGCUUCAGGCCACGCUGAACGCCUUCUUGACGUCGGUUGUGGUGAUGCUGGCGUUUGCCUUUGUUCCAGCUGCCAUUGUGGCAUUCGUGGUCCGAGAGAAGAAUCCCAUCCAGAACGCCAAGGGUUUGCAACUGAUCUGCGGUGCCAACGUGUCAGCUUACUGGCUGUCCACGUGGACGCAUGAUAUCGUCCUCAUGAUGGUCACAGUUAUCGCUGCCAUGGUCAUGGUGCCGUUAUCGGAUCGUACGCUGACAAGUUCCAUGGAGGUGUGGGGAGUUGUCUGCCUGGUCGGCUCGCACGCGUUGGCAGUGAUCCCGAUGGCGUACUUGUUCAGCUUUAAGUUCAAGAAGCACGCGGUGGCGCAGACGUCGUUGCUCGUGUUUGCGCUGUGUACCGGCGGUUUGCUGAGCAUCUUCUCGUUCCUGUGUCGACUCAUCGACUUCGACUUGACUCCGGGCAAUUCCUCCGACAACUUGACGCUGUCCUCGCUCGACCGGAACUACCUUCGUUGGAUCUUCCUGCUCUUCCCCGGCUACAGCCUGAACAAUGGUAUUUAUGAGAUUGCUACGCGGAAGUUGAGCCGUAGCUCGCUGUACGGUAGCAGCACUGAGACGGUUGCGCCGCCCUCGUUCUUCGGUGCCUGGGCUGGACUUGGUACGGAUUACACGUGCACCUCAUGCUGGGAUGCUGCGAGUGGCGAGAACUGCUGCGUGCGCAACGUGUUCGAUCUCGAUGUCGCUGGAGCUCCUGUCGCCUACGCAGUGGUGGAGAUCGUGGUCUUCAUGCUGCUGGUCUUCGUAGUGGAGAACCGCAGUUUGUCCUGGCGCCCAGAGCAACGCCAGCAGUGGCCGCGCAACGAGGACGACGACGUGGCGAAAGAGCGCCAAAAAGUGGAGCGCUCGUACCCCACCGACAACGACAGCGUGUUUAUCCGCAACCUGCGCCAGCAAUACGGAAAUGGAGGCAAGGUUGCAUUGGACGACUUGUGCCUUUCCAUUCAGAAGGGAGAAUGUUUUGGCUACCUGGGUAUCAAUGGAGCCGGCAAGUCGACGACGAUGAAAGUCUUAACCGGCGAGAUUGCUCCGACCAACGGGUUCGUGACGCUGGGAGGCUACGACUUGUCUCGUGAUCGUGAUAAAGCACGUCGCGUGGUUGGCUACUGCCCGCAGUUCGAUUCGUUGCACGACCUGCUGACUGUGGAAGAGCAACUGGAGCUGUAUGCGCGGCUGAAGGGAAUCCCGAGCGAUCGUGUCAAGAAGGCGGUGGACCAGAAGAUCGAGGAAGUGGGGCUCACUGAGUACCCCACUAAACUGACACGUGGGCUGAGUGGAGGUAACAAGCGUAAACUCUCGACCGCGAUCGCGUUGAUCGGCUCUCCCAGCAUCAUCUUCCUGGAUGAACCCUCGACCGGAGUGGACCCGAGCUCGCGAAGGAAAAUGUGGGAUGUGAUCGCCAGUGUCUGCGCCGCAAAGGAAUCGUGCGUGGUCCUUACGACUCACUCAAUGGAGGAAUGCGAGGCGCUGUGCACGCGUGUGGGGAUCUUGGUGAGCGGAAAGCUGAAAUGCCUCGGCAGUGUGGAGCACCUGAAGCAGAAGUUCGGCCGAGGCUACAUUGUGGAGGUGAAACUGCGGGAGCCGAGCCCGUCCUCGAUUGGAAGACUGCAGCUCGAGGUGUAUCGUAUCCUGGGCGGCAACAAAGCAGGCGUAUCAGCGGUCGACGUCACUAGCCUGUGUUCAUCUCUCGGAGCGCCCAACCGCGCGCAUGCGAUCCUGAACGGCGUGGGCAACGGCAGCGUGCUUAACAGCUACCUUGAGACCUCAGGUUUAGUCCCCAUGGACGUCUUCUGUGCGUGGUGGCUCACGGAGAACAUGGGAUCAGCGUUGCAAGAGUUCUUCCAGGUCAAGUUCCCAGGCAGCCAGCUCAUCGAGCACCAGGGCGGCCAUUUCCGCUUCCAAGUUCCCAAGCGCGCACUUCGGCCGUACGCCAUCUUCGGGCUGCUCGAGGAGAACAAGGAGCAGCUGCUCAUCAGCGAGUACGGCGUGAGCGAGACUUCGCUCGAGCACAUUUUCAACACGAUGGCCGCCCAGCAAGGAGAAGAGCAGCUGCAAGGCAGCGCUAGAUACCGCGGAGACUGGUAA